GUGAGUGCGGGAGAAGAUGAGGAUGCGGUCGGUGCUCCGUUACUUUUUGCGGGACCAUGCUCCCCGGCUGUACAGCAGCUCCGUCGCCGCCGAGGCCCAGGCUGUCCGCCCGUCGCGGGACAGGAUCCUCACCCUGCAGUCCAUGAACCCGCAGGUCCGGGCGGUGGAGUACGCGGUGCGGGGACCCAUUGUAACGAAGGCUGGUGAGAUCGAGAAGGAGCUGCAGCAGGGAAUCAAGAAACCGUUCAGUGAGGUCAUCAAGGCGAAUAUCGGAGAUGCCCAUGCCAUGGGACAGCAGCCAAUCACGUUCCUCCGGCAGGUCGUCGCACUUUGCACAUAUCCCGAUCUGUUGGACGACCCGCGAUUUCCACGAGAUGCUAAGGACAGGGCCCGGCGCAUUCUGGAGUCGUGCGGAGGACAAAGCCUCGGCUCCUACAGCACCAGCCAGGGGAUCACCUGCAUCCGGGAAGAUGUCGCUCGGUAUAUCGAGCGGAGGGAUGGCGGCAUUCCCGCAGAUCCGGACAAUAUUUAUCUCACCACGGGAGCUAGCGAGGGCAUCGCUAACAUCUUGAAGAUCCUUGUGUCGGGGGAGGGGCGGUCCCGGACGGGGGUUAUGAUUCCCAUCCCCCAGUAUCCCCUGUACUCGGCCGCCAUAUCUGAGCUGAACGCAGUGCAGGUGAAUUAUUACCUGGACGAGGAGCACUGCUGGGCCAUGGAUGUCAGCGAGCUGAGGAGAGCCUUGUACCAGGCCAAGGAGUACUGCAACCCCAAAGUGCUGUGCAUCAUCAACCCAGGGAACCCCACAGGACAGGUGCAGAGCCAGCGCUGUGUAGAAGAAGUCAUCCAUUUUGCCCGGGAGGAGGGACUGUUUCUUCUGGCCGAUGAGGUCUAUCAGGACAAUGUCUAUUCUCAGGACUGCCAGUUCCAUUCCUUUAAGAAAGUCCUGCAUGAGAUGGGCCCGGAAUACAGCAGCAACGUAGAGCUCGCCUCCUUCCACUCCACCUCUAAAGGUUACAUGGGAGAGUGUGGAUACCGUGGGGGGUACAUGGAGGUGCUGAACCUGCACCCUGACGUUAAAGCGCAGCUGCUGAAGAUGCUGUCUGUGCGCCUGUGUCCUCCAGUGUCUGGCCAGGCAGCCAUAGACGUGGUGGUGAACCCUCCGCAGCCUGACGAGGAGUCCUACCAGCAGUUCAUCCAGGAGAAGGAAGCUGUUCUCUCCACCCUGGCGCACAAGGCGAAGCUGACGGAGGAAUUGUUUAACCAGGUUCCUGGCAUUCGGUGCAACCCUCUGCAGGGCGCCAUGUACGCCUUUCCCCAGAUCGUCAUCCCUCCCCGCGCUGUAGAAAAGGCUGAGGAGCUGCAGAUGGCCCCGGAUAUGUUUUACUGCAUGCGCUUGCUGGAGGAGACCGGGAUCUGCGUUGUUCCUGGAAGCGGGUUCGGACAGAGAGAGGGGACUUAUCACUUUAGAAUGACCAUUCUUCCGCCGGUGGAGAAGCUGAGACUCCUGUUGCAGAGCGUGAAGGAUUUUCACGUUCGUUUCCUGGAUGAAUUCUCCUGAGCUUGACGCCGAAUGUAAACCACCACAUUCACCUUAACUGAACAUGACGGCAGGGAAGGGGUUAAAGGGGUAGUCC